UUGUUUUGCCACUGGCGCCUGGCGCUGUUCGCUUCUCGCCAUUGCUGCCGCGGGCUCUCCUGGGUCUCGGUGAAAAGAUAUGGGUCUAUACCGAGGCCCGACGACGUCGUGAAACCUUCUUUGGCGCCGACGCAGCGGGGAAAGCGAGGCUGGGCGACUCGAUGAGAAGACGGCACGACUCUGGCCGCUCCGCGGAAGUAACGCCGCGUCGGGUAUCGUGGUCGAUCCGUCUAGCGACAAGCCGUCCGUGGAUGUGUGCUAACCCUCGGAAGACAGAUUGGAACAGCUUGGCAGACGAUUUCUGGCUGCGAGGUGGAGGGGGGUUGUCCGCCCGCGGCAGCGGACACACUAGCGGCGAAAGCUCGUGCUGAGGAGCGGCACUGUGCGGUGACCAGUGGCAGCAGUGCUUAGGAGCAUGAGUCGGCAGGCGGCCGGCAACAAGGGGGGUGGUGGCAAGUCCGAGGCGGGUGGCGGUUACCCUGCCCGAGGGGCUGCGGGCUCGGACGCUGCCGUUGGGGCUCGUGGUGCGGCGGGACCCUUUCCCGGCAGCAGUGCGCCACCGGCGUCCACGUCCAGUUCGGCAUCGGCCCUGGCCAGCCUGUUCGAGUGCCCCGUCUGCUUCGACUACGUGCUACCACCCAUCCUUCAGUGCCAGAACGGCCACCUCGUGUGCUCCCCGUGCCGACAGAAGCUCACCUGUUGCCCCACCUGCCGAGGGCCCAUCGGCAACAUCCGCAACCUGGCCAUGGAAAAAGUGGCCAACACGGUGUUCUUCCCGUGCAAAUACUCGCUCACGGGUUGCCCGGCCCUGCUGUCCCACUCUGACAAGCCCGAACACGAAGAGGCCUGCGAGUUCAGGCCGUACCUGUGCCCUUGCCCCGGAGCGUCGUGCAAGUGGCAGGGCUCUCUCGACCAAGUGAUGGCGCACCUCGUCCACUCGCACAAGUCCAUUACGACACUCCAAGGUGAGGACAUUGUGUUCCUGGCGACAGACAUCAACCUGCCCGGUGCGGUCGACUGGGUGAUGAUGCAGUCGUGCUUCGGCCACCACUUCAUGCUGGUGCUGGAGAAGCAGGAGAAGUACGACGGCCACCAGCAAUUCUUUGCUGUGGUGCAGCUGAUUGGCUCUCGCAAGCAGGCUGACAACUUCAUCUACCGGCUCGAGCUCAACGGCCAUAAGCGCCGGCUCACCUGGGAGGCCACGCCGCGCAGCAUCCACGAGGGCGUCCAGGCGGCCAUCAUGAGCAGCGACUGCCUCGUGUUCGACACCAGCAUUGCCCAGCUGUUUGCCGACAGCGGAAACCUCGGCAUCAAUGUCACCAUCUCGCUGUCCUGAGCGGCGUUGCGCAUACCGAGUGUGUGCUUUGGUGCGGACGCAUGCGGCGAAGAGUACGUGGCACUCCUCCCGAAUUCUUAGCGGCCUGCAAAGGCACCUUGUGACGUGCGCAUCGACAUCACUGUCUUACCAUUUCGUGUGCUGCAUUGCGCAAAUCGUACAGUACGCUUCCGAGGGUGUGCCGUAGUCUUGUGCGAGCUCAACACAGAGGACUAACCGGAGAUCUUGCAGUGAAGUUCAGUGCAGUGGAGGUUGCCAGUGCAUUUGCGGAACAACAGCGUGUGGGGACCACGUCUCUCGGCUGUGUCGUCGUAGCACGCACGUACUGUGGGAUUUUCCAUGUUUCUUUUUGGGCAUGGAUCACCAUUUCGUGUGUAUAACCGAGACGGCUCUACCGACAACCUCGGUGACGAAGCAGCAGCGUACUACAGAGGUAUACCCCUUGCUCGACUUGUUUCAUCUGCUUCUAGCAAAGCUCCGAGUGCACUUCUGCAAGACACAGCGGACGACGCUCGUUCAAUAGGUCAUUACCCAAUGCCAUCACAUCAGCUGUGCGCCAUUGACAAGCUUAGUGUGUCAUGUUUAUGUCUCCCUACGCUAGUGUCCGGCGCACAGGUAGGCAACAGUGGUUGCAACCACAGGCACGAAGCUACACUCACAGCAGUUAUGUGCCUGUGAUAUUCCUGGACAACCGCGUUUGUGACUCACGAUUAUUGAGUGUGUCUAAUUCUUUUGCACUGCCUUUUUGCAGUGCAGACACUCCAUAGUGUCACCUGUAGUGGACCAGGCUGCAGCACUGCAUUCCUAGAUGGAUUGCCUCGGCACAGGCUCAAGCAGCUUAUCUCUGAAAUGAAGUAGCGGCUGCCUUGUACUGCAUUGAAUCAAUGGCGGCACACUUUCAAGUGUUUCUCAAACCUGCUGGGACGUUAUUCUCAAAGCACGAGUGAUCUCGAGGGCUUUAGGGAAUGCUCUUGGAGGCAGUGGACUUCCUGCAUGCGAGAGAGUCACUGGCUCAUAGUCAUCUGUUGCUCACUUGGUCACCUUGUCGAGAGUCAUUGGAGGUGGAGACACAGAAUCAACACCUUAGCGCGGCAGACUAAGCCGUUCAAGCCUCCGAACAAAAUGCCUGUGCGCUGCGACAGUUUGCAGCGUGAAGGCGGGGUCUUGCAUUGCAAUCGCCAUUGGGGAGACAUUGAACUUUGUUCUCUUUGGUCUGUUGAACUUUUCGGGACGGUAACGCUACUCUUCUGUGGCAUGCAGAGUCUUUCGAGAUGACUGAAGGCACUGAAUUAAGUUUUUUAGCCUUGCACUUGCGGCUGUAGGUCCUCCUCGCGUGGAAAGGCAAGACUGCAAAUGAAAGCUUCCGAAAGGUUGCAGAGCCGCAUCAUGUAAAACCGGUGCAGCACCGAAUACUUAACGACCGACUCGUACAUCUUGAGGUCAUACUGAACCCAAAGAAGGAAAAACUUGAUUUCGUGGACCGUACCUGGAACAUUUGUGAGAGUGCCGCGACCGAUGGGCAGCCCGAGGUCUUUCCGCGACUUUCUCGCACAGCAGUUUCUGCCAUUGCCUGUCUCUUGAAUGGACAAGCGCCAUCACAGAGGCCCGUGGCAUCAAACCUGCAGAGUGGGCAGACAAUCGCUUGCAGCCCCGCAAGCUCCGUUCUGUUCACAAACGCUCUGCGCACUGCCGCCUAAACUUUUUAAGGCCACUGCGCAUCUGUGAUGCGCGGAAUAUAUUUUUCAGACUUACAUGCCCCGGUGCACUGCUUGUGGCUAACAAGUGACAAAUUUUGUCUAUGUUUAACACUUUGAUUGGCAAUUACUCUUUCUUGGCUUUCAAUGCACAGACGUAAUCAGAAUAAUUGUUACUCUUAAAUCUCUACUGUUCGUCAAAUGUCGCCAGCUUCUGGCGUCGUCCCUGACAACAUAGCUAAAAGAUUGUGGGCAAGGUUAGUGCAGGUAAGGAGGCGUUGGCCAACGCUAUCCUCUGCAUCAAACGCAGGAAUCCAAAAGGCACAGAAGUACCCCUGGAUUUGUAGAAGCGAUGGAACUUGAUCAAACGUCGCCCAAAGAGAACCAGAGGAAGAGGGCUGACUAAAGCUUCACUUAAUAUACAAGAUUUACGGACAUUUCACGAUUAACCGACUUAAGUAACGCAGCGAGAAUUUCUACGACUUGGCAGCCCGUUAGUUGGCUUGCCUACGAUCUGCCUUCUGUAGGACAUAUGGUGAAAGAAAUGCGUUGUUUUGGCCCUGCUAUUUUCAUGCCAACAGCUAGAUUGGUUUUAUGUCUCGACAUUGCCUGGCCUGUAUGCUGAAUUCAGAGACGCAAUUCUUUUUUGAAGGACGAGAAAAGGACUGUACAUAUGUUGCAUAGUAUGGAAAUAAAUCUUUUAGUACCAACGA